AUGGCUGGAAACGACCUGGACAAUUUGAAACCUAUGGAAGUUGACACUAGAAGAUCGUCUGAAAAUGCUAGGGGUAUACGUGGGUCUCUACUGACCCUUCUCAGCCGCCCGUCGCCUUUCGGAAACGAGACUGGACCAUUGGCAUGUGGCGAGUUUGAACCGCUUCCGAAACUAAGUUCCUGUUACGCUACUACAGCUUCUGACCAUGAAUCCCCUUUGACGAAAGCCAAAAUUCUCGUCGUCGGUGCUGGAGGGUUGGGUUGUGAAAUUCUCAAGAAUCUUGCGAUGUCCGGCGUGAGAGAUGUGGACGUAAUUGAUCUUGAUUCAAUCGACGUGACCAAUCUAAAUCGUCAGUUCUUAUUCCGUCAACGAGAUGUCGGCACAUCAAAGGCGAAAACCGCAGCUGCUUUCAUCAACGAGCGCUGCCCUUGGAUGAGCGUUACAGCUCACCACGGUAUGAUUCAGGACAAGGAGCCGUCGUUCUACUCCUCCUUUGAUUGUAUCAUAUCGGGACUCGACAACGUUGAAGCUCGUCGUUGGCUCAACGCGACUGUGGUCGGACUCGUAGAGUUCGAUGACGACGGCGAUAUGGAUCCAGCCUCAAUCAUUCCGAUUAUUGAUGGCGGAACGGAAGGAUUUUCAGGACAAGCUCGUUUUAUCCUGCCGCGUAUCACGAGCUGCUUUGAGUGUACAAUCGAUGCUUUUCCGCCACAAAUUGCUUUUCCGUUAUGCACGAUUGCCGAGACUCCACGCAAACCGGAACAUUGCAUUGCAUACGCGUCAAUUCUUCAAUGGCCGAGAGAAUUUCACGAUAAGAAGCUCGACAGUGAUGAUCCGGAUGACAUGAAGUGGGUCUACGAAAAGGCGUUGGAGCGAGCAAAGCAGUACAACAUUGACGGGGUUACAUAUAUGCUAACCAUGGGCGUAGUCAAGAAUAUAAUUCCUGCCGUUGCGAGUACCAACGCAAUCAUUGCGGCGGCGUGCGUGAAUGAGGCGAUAAAAUACAUCACCUUUUGCUCACAGAAUCUCAACUCAUACAUGAUGUACAUGGGGUCUGAGGGUGUUCAUUGUCACACGUUUGCAUACGAGCAAAAAGAUGAUUGCCCGGUUUGUACCUCGACUGUGCAAAAAAUGACAAUUUCUAAGACAACUACGCUGAACGAGCUAUUGCAAGAGUUUCGCGCGGGUCCCUUGCGUCUGAAAUCGCCAAGCCUCGUCAGUUCAGGCGGAAAGACGCUUUACAUGCAAAAGCCUCCAGCCCUAGAAAAAGCGACUCGAUCAAAUUUAGACAAGCCGGUGUCGUCCCUUGUGGAAUCUGGUGAAGAGUUGACUGUAACAGAUCCCCUGCUUGAGAGCAUUGCAGUUGGGGUGUCAAUUACGUUUGAAUAA